AUGUCAGCUCCAGCUCCAGCAGAAGGUCAACAACAAAGAAGAGGCGGUUUCGGCGGCCGUAACAGAGGUCGUGGUGGCAGAAGAGGCGGCAGAAGAGACCAAGAAGAAAAGGGUUGGGUCCCAGUCACCAAGUUGGGUAGACUUGUCAAGGCCGGUAAGAUCACCACCGUUGAAGAGAUCUUCUUGCACUCUUUGCCAGUCAAGGAAUUCCAAAUCAUUGACACUUUGUUGCCAAACUUGAAGGACGAAGUCAUGAACAUCAAGCCUGUCCAAAAGCAAACCAGAGCCGGUCAAAGAACCAGAUUCAAGGCUGUCGUUGUCGUUGGUGACUCCAACGGUCACGUCGGUUUGGGUAUCAAGACCGCCAAGGAAGUUGCUGGUGCCAUCAGAGCCGGUAUCGUCAUUGCCAAGUUGUCCGUCAUCCCAAUCAGAAGAGGUUACUGGGGUAACAACUUGGGUCAACCUCACUCUUUGGCCACGAAGACCUCUGGUAAGUGUGGUUCCGUCACCAUGAGAUUGAUCCCAGCCCCAAGAGGUUCCGGUAUCGUCGCCUCCCCAGCUGUCAAGAAGUUGUUGGAGUUGGCCGGUGUUGAAGAUGUCUACACCUCUUCCAACGGUUCCACCAGAACUUUGGAAAACACCUUGAAGGCUGCCUUCGUUGCCAUCGGUAACACUUACGGUUUCUUGACUCCAAACUUGUGGGCCGAGCAACCUUUGCCAAUCUCCCCAUUGGACAUCUACUCCGAUGAGGCCUCCGCCGAAAAGAAGAGAUUCUAA